UAGACAGCAUGGCGUCCAACCUGAUUUGCCGGAUUCAUCCCCUUGUUUUAUUCAGUAUUGUAGACUCAUUCGAGCGCCGAAAUGAAGAUGCUAAGCGAGUCAUCGGGACUUUGUUAGGUGUCCUCGAUAAAGGUUCUGUCGAGGUGACCAACUGUUUCACGGUGCCGCAUAAUGAAUCUGAGGAUGAAGUCGCCAUUGAUAUCGAGUUUGCCCGCAACAUGUUUGAACUUCAUAAGAAGGUUAACCCAUCGGAGGUCAUUGUGGGAUGGUACUCAACAAGUUGUGAAGUAACAGAGCACUCUGUUCUCAUCCACGAGUACUACUCGCGAGAAACCAAGAACCCUGUCCUGAUGACGUUAGACACGUCGUUGAAAGGUGCCAAGAUGGGGAUGAAGACUUACGUCAGCACAAAGAUGGGUGUCCCUGGUAAAACAGUCGGAACAAUGUUUACACCAAUUCCUUUAGAAAUCACGACGUAUGAGCCAGAGAAGGUUGGGUUGGAGUGGCUCCAGCACGGUAAACACAACCCUAAGAGGAUCACCAACUUGUCCACAGAUCUUCAGCAAGUGGCUGGUGCAUGUGCUAAACUUCAACAAAAGUUGGACCUCGUCUUGAAAUAUGUUGAUGACGUGCUGAGUGGUAAAGUGCAGGCAGACAGCAAUGUGGGUCGUGAGCUCAUGGAAAUGAUCAACAGCGUCCCGCAGAUUAACAGAGAAGAUUUCGAAGAGAUGUUGAACUCGAACCUGAAGGACUUACUGAUGGUAGUGUAUCUUUCCAACCUGACCCGAACCCAACUAGCAAUAAAUGAGAAACUAAGCCUUGGAAGUUAAUGAGAAGCAGGACCUCGUUUUCAUCAGAAUUUCUUGUUAAGAGAAGUUUUUGGACAUUUUCUAUUCAACGUGUAAAUUCUAUAUAAAGCCAUUGCUGUCUUGACUUGAUGAGAAAUAAUAAAUGGAAAAUAUAUCGAA